ACGUGUGCGGGGAGGAAGCAGCGACAGAGGCUGCCACCGUGGAGGCGAGGGAGCCUUGGGGGGGGGGACCUCUCUCUCGUCAUCGCCGUCGAGCGCACGAGGCGAGCGCCGGAUCGACGGGGGCUCAUCGCGCCGCUGAUUCGCGUCGUCGACACCGCGAGGUACCACGACCUCCCGGGCGGCGGGCGGGGGUGGCGAUGCCGCCCACCUCGCCAUGGCUCUGACAGCGGAGGCGUCAACGCAGACGACGGACGUGCCCCACCACGCCGAAGACGCUCGGGAGGCCUCGCGCAGCCAAUUCGGCACCAGGGAGUUUAAGGAGGCGGCCACUCAGUACGACCCGGACGACCCGGGGCAGUGCUGCGCGUCGCCCCACGGGCCCGGAGGAGGCUCCCCCAAGCCCGACUCCGAGGGCCGCUCCACGGCCGGCGAGUGCGGCUCUCGCAAGCGCAAGAGGCGUCCCAACAAGCUGGUCCAUCGCAGCCCGGGCCCCGGCCAGGAUGCCGUGGGCAGCCCUUGCGAUGAGCCCAGCCGUUGCGAAGAAGACUCCUCCAGCCCUUGCGACAAAUCCGGCCACUCCUACGAUGAACCCGGCCGCUCCGAUCAACCCGCCCGCUCCUCCGAUGAACCCUGUCGCUCCGAUGAACAAGACCACUCUUCUGAUGAACCCAGCCACUCCUCCGAUGAACUCGGCCAUUCCAUAGAAUCCGGCCACUCCUCCGAUGAACCCGGCCGCUCCAAUGAACCCAGCCACUCUUCCGACGAAAUCAGCUACUCCAAUGAACUCAGCCACUCCGAGGAACUCGGCCGCGCCGAUGAACUCAGCUCCUCCAACGAACCCAGCCCCUGCAACGGCGCUGGUCUUUAUGAGGUAUCCGUUCCCUGCAACGGCUCUGGCCCUUACGAUGUGUCCGGCUUCUACAACGGGUCCAGUCCUUGCGACGGGCCGCUGGAAAGCACGAGCGCCGGGCAGCCCCUGUCAUGGGGGCCCCCGAUCAACCCCCCCAUGAUCGACCUGCAGCAGAUGAUGCUCAACAGCUUCCACUUGGCCCAGGUGUGGGGCUACCGCAGGGAGGUGGCCGAGCGGCUGGGACGGCACCCGAAGGUCGAGCGCAACGGGAGGCCCCCGGCCGCGGACAGACGCGCGCCGCCGACGGCCGCCGACGCGGCGUCGCGCUCGGACGGGGAGGGCGAAACCCGCCUGCCGCCGCAGGACGAGAAGUGGCCUCGGCGGAAGGGCCGGUCCGAGCCCUGCGAGCCGGCGCCCGUGGACCGCGUGGACGUGAGCGACCGCAUCGACGACUCCCACUGCGUGGAGACGGCCGACGGGCAGCGGCGCUGGCAGUGCCGCCUCUGCGAGAAGUCCUACACCUCCAAGUACAACCUGGUCACGCACGUGCUGGGCCACAGCGGCGUCAAGCCGCACGCGUGCACCCAGUGCGGCAAGCUCUUCAAGCAGCUGAGCCACCUCAACACGCACCGGCUCACGCACGCCGGCGCGCGUCCCCACCGCUGCCACGUGUGCGGCCGUGCCUUCACGCAGACGAGCCACCUCAAGAGGCACCUCAUGCAGCACAGCGCCGUGCGGCCUUACAACUGCGGCGUGUGCGGCCGCGGCUUCGCCUACCCCAGCGAGCUGCGCGCGCACCAGAGCCGGCACGUCGCGUCGCGCCGGUGCGCGGCGUGUGGGGUGUCCUUCGCGAGCGCCGCCCUGCUGCGGAGGCACAAGGCCACGCAUGGAGCGCCGGCAGAGCCGCGCGACGGCUUCCCGUGCGGGGAGUGCGGGAAGACGUUUCAGUACCGCAGCCAGCUGCACAACCACGAGCUCAAGCACAAGGGGGAGCGGCCGCACAUCUGCACCGAGUGCGGCAUGGAGUUCGUGCAGUCGCACCACCUCAAGCAGCACAUGCUCAUCCACAAGGGCAUCAAGGAACACAAGUGCGGCGUGUGCGGACGCGGGUUCACCCUGCAGGCCAACAUGAAGCGCCACCAGCUGACUCACACCAACGUGCGCGCCUACCAUUGCCACCUGUGCCACAAGGCGUUCACGCAGAAGCAGACGCUCAAGGCGCACAUGAUCGUCCACUCAGACAGCAAGCCCUUCCACUGCAAGAUCUGCGGGAAGCAGUUUAACCGCCUGCACAACCUGAUGGGCCACCUGCACCUGCACGCCUCGCGCAAGCCCUUCCAGUGCUCGCACUGCCCCAGCAAGUUCACGCUCAAGGGCAACCUGACGCGGCACACCAAGAUGAAGCACGGCACGCCGCACGGCUCCGCGUGGGACGGCGACGACGCCGCGGCGCCGCUCCUGCCGGAGCCCCCCACCGCGUGGGCGCCGCGCGCCGGGGGCCCCCCCCUCUCCGUCACGGUCGCCCCCCUCCGCCGCAUCGAGCCGGCGUCGCUGGAGGCGUCGUUUCGCCAAUCCGCCGCGACGUCGUCGUCAGCGUCAGCGGCGUCGGCGGCGCGGGCGGCGAUUCAGCACCGCGUGCGCUGCCGGACGAAGGCGAACGCGCGAGCCGGAGCUCGGGCGCUCUCGGACAAGUUGCCGCGAGGGCCUCGCGUGACCCCCCAAGACGGGGGUCGUGACGGCGCCAUCGUGGCGUUCUGGGAGCAGGUGGAGCCGUUCGAUCUGUCGCGGGCGGGGUGCACGGGGGGGGAUCCGGCGGCGGCGGCGGCGGCGCGCGUGGCCGAGAGGCCGGGCGGGACGGCGCCGGAAGAGGCGCGCGCCUUCUCCGAGGGCACGGAAACGAGCCCCGUCCACGUCAAGUGCGAGGAGGUCCAUUGCGACGACAGGAGGGGCCUGCAGGCGAUCUCCGUGCGCGAUGUGCAGUUGAGCUGGGACGACUACAAAGGGACCGUGCGGGCGGCGGCGGCGGGGGCGGCGUGCGAGCGCCGCGGAGACAUCAACGGGCACGGCUGCCACUGGCUCCGCUCGCAAAUCUGAGCCGCGCGGAGGGGAUUCGUCUCAGCAGCAGGCUUCUUCUCCGCCGACGUCACGUGCUCAAUGUCCGGGCCUUCGUCUCUCGCCAAAUCAUUUCCAGGUCGCUGCUCGACCGGAGUCGGCGUGCGACGAGCAGCCGAGGAUAUAUCGCGAGAGGUUUUUGCCAAAAGUUGGCGCCCCGUUGGAAAAAUGUUGCUGCGUUGUCGACCAGGGCAGAGUCGGCUGGAAUCUUAAGCACUGUCUACAAUUUUUUAAGUACAAAUCCUUUAAUAAACCAGCCCCUGCACAUUUUAAAUUUAGCUGAAGUCAUCACAGCCGUCCACUUAUUAGACGACGCGUACAAAGUGCAGCACACACGUAUUUCGGCAUUUAUUGGAUUGGCAGCGCAUAUUUCUGCUUCAAUGACAAACAACAAUGCGAUUGGGCGCACAAAGUAAUUCCACCUGCCUUCUACAAUGGCUCUGUAAAUCAUAGACACCAGGAAUAUACGAGAUGACUCUCGGCUAGUAUGACAAUGAUCCGUGUUCAGGCUCGUCGAUGAUGUUUUUUUUCCUCCCAAGACUUUAAUGAACACGUGAUAACGGGACACAUAAUUUCUGUGGGGGUUAUUUUUCAUAAUCUGCGGGUGGCUGGAAAACCCGGACUGGGUUGCUUGGUGCUCAUUGUCGGGCGUGCGGUUGACUGCAAUGUGGAACUUUUCUAAGAAAUCCAAUUUAAAUCGAAGGAAGUCACAGUCCAGGUCAGUCACUUUCCUGCCUUCCCAUCAUGAGUGAGCCACUAUCGGCUUCCCUACCCACCACCGUCACCUUGUCCAGUGUAUAUGUAAUGGAAAUGGCACCACAAUUACAGAGGCAUAACGACACCGCACCAAAACGACUUCUCGCGUUCCCAUGCACAACUCAUCGCACCGAUCCUCACCCUUAGUUUGUUGCGUCAUUGCAAGAACAGCGCAAUAAUUCACCUUUCUAACGCCGCUUAACCACGGAAUUGUCCACAAGUUAUCACCGUAGCAGUGUAGCUUUCAGGCGCUGUUAAGGGACAUUUGAGGAGACUGCGUGGCACAUGUUACAUGUGGUUUUGCUUUUUUGCCAAAAACAAUGGUGCCGUCGUGUCUGCUUGUCGGUGCUCCGUGCUCAUUUGCGAAUGUACGAAUGCCCAACAGUUGAAGUUGUGUGUCGCAAGGAAAUUGUGAUGUCACCUCAGCACACGACGAUGCUUUGUGAGAUGCUCAACCGCAUGAAAGAGGUGUUGGCUGAUGCAUAACUGAUGGAGUGAGGUGGGGGGGGGGAGCAGUAGGUGUUGGGACACAGCCACACCUGGGCGACCCUCACCUUGGCUCUGCUUGAGGUAUGGACAUGUCACAGGUAUGGAUUCAGUUAGUGGUGCAGCGAUCGAGUGUGCAGAUGCAUCUGACACUGGCACCUAUGAGAUGGAGGGGUCCUGCUACUGGGGCCAUGAAAAAGGGGGUUUUUGGACAGGGGGCCCCAUUUCAUUCUUUGAAUCAAGGCCCAUGUCACAUCUGUGCCGUGGCACUGGCUGCAGAGUUAUUACACUGGUCAACAACAACAAAAAAUUCUGGCCUGGACUUUUGCAGCUGUUUUAGACUAAUUUCAGGGUGCUGAUUCCAAGUCUGAUCUCAGAUUUGCGCUAUCACAUCUCAUGUUUAUGCUAUCGGCAUACCCCAUUUUCAUUGAUUUUAUGAUUGCAAGUUGUUGCGAGUCAGUGACUGCUUUAGUGCUAAAAUAUGGUGCUGUAUUUUUAGGAUAGUGUGUUUUUUAUAUAAUUUUAUGUAAGAUAUCCACUUUUAUUUAAUAUUUUUCUUCUGCAGUUUUUAUUGAAAAAUGCAAUAUUUGAUAUCUCAAAAACCUAAUGUGAUAGACAAAAACUGAUGCCAGAGUUGGAAUCAGCACCCCAAAAUUACCUUAAAACCGUUGGAAUACCUUAUGCCAGAAAAAGUGUGUUGACCAGUAUUAUCGAUGUGUGUUAUUUUGAUUCACCUCUGCGCUGUGCUUCUUACUGACCGGUUGUUCGACAUGCACUGCUCAGCAUUGAUCUGAACAGACACAUUUUGGGAAUUUUACUACUGAUUGAACAAAAGAAAUAGGAAUCUGAAUAGAGACAGGCAUAAUAAUGGUAGAAAUGGGAAAAUUACUCCAGGACCUCACGUGCUCAUGAGUUAUUUUGAGGACUGGUUAGUAAUUUAAUGUAAGCCUCCGUCAUUUCUGGAGACAUUUGUAAUCAUCCUGAAUGGUAAUGUUACGUGCUCUGGAGAAGAGUUGACAUAUUUGCGAAUAAAUUGUACAAUUCACAUUGCAGUAUUGCAAUUCGAAUCGUGCUGGCAAUAUUAUUAAGAGACACGUUUUAACAGGAACUGUCCAUAUCAUGUACGUGCGAGUGUAAAAUGGCUUUAUAGUGUACCAAAAUGUUCAAACCAUGAAAACAAGUGUGCGGGCACAACCCUUACAACUUUAUUAUCCCUAAGAAAAGCGCACGUUUUAUAUCGGCCCACUUUUCCUCCCCGCGUGGCUUAUUUCGUGUGUUAAUUGCAUUAAAUCUACAGCAAAGCAAAACAUAUUUGUUGUGCUUAUAUUUUUUUAAUGCCAUAUUUCCCUGUUUGCUCUUAAGUGUCCAAUUGCGUACAACA